AUGAACCUCAAUUCAGCGCCACUUCAUGAGUUACAGGAAUUGCACGGUGUUGGCAGCGUCACUGCGCGUUUAAUUAUCGCAUCACGCCCCUUUUCGUCUGUCAAGGACUUGCUUUGUGUAAAAGGUAUUGGUCCUAUCAAACUCGCAGCCAUUAUAGCGCACAAUCAAGUCUACGUGGACGAAGAAGAUCCUCCUUGUUCAACAACAGCAAAAGCCAAUACAGAUUCCUCUACAAUUGAUCUUAACGCUGCGUCUAGCAGACAAUUACAGCAGCUGAAAGGAGUGGGUCCAGUCUUGGCUCAACGAAUUCUCAAGGCAAGACCGUUCCAUCGCAAGGAAGAAUUGCUGGCCGUCAAAGGCAUUAGCUCGAAAUCCUACGUAAAAAUACAAGCUGGAGUUCACGUCAGCCUGACAGACUUCGACUCAUUACAGCAUAAAGGAUAUGAUUGUAAGAAUGGCGAGGAUGUAAAGCCGAAACUGGAGCAAAACUUUCGCUUUUGUCGAGAGAUUGAAAGUGACGUUCGUCAAAGCGUGUUCCCGAUACCGAGCCACGAUAACAGUGACGACCGAGCCCUCAUUGUGGCGAGCUGGAACAUUCGCAACAUUUCUCGCCAAAAAUCAACGUUUCUCCUGCAGCGUAUUGCUGACGUUUUGUGUGAGUUUGACCUUGUUGCGUUACAAGAGGUGCGAGACUUGAUUGUUCUUAAGAGAUUAAAAACGAUGCUGCUUGGAUGGGACUAUGUUGUUUCGGAUCCUGUAGGUCGCAAGUCACCGGGAAAGAAAACGAGGGCAGAGCGUUAUGCCUUCUUUUUCCGACGUUGCGUUGUUCGACUGGUUGACAAAUGCUUGUUGAUGGAAGAUCGAAACAAUGUGCUUACUAGACUACCGUGUGUUGCCACAUUUCAAGCGACAAAAGAAGCAGGCGUAUCGAACUUGAAGCUAGCGUUAAUGAAUGUGCACGUGUCUUUCGGCAAAAAAGAACAUCGCCACGAUGAAAUCGUUGAGAUCAAUAGGCUGGCAAAUGAGAUAAGCACGUCUGCUCCAAAUGGAAGAAAGGUGGUGGUGCUAGGUGACUUUAACUUGUCACCACAAGACGUACUAGGUACCCUCGGGUCGCAAAAGAUGGCUUUGAUCCGCGCGCCACUUUCGACAACAGUCUUUGGUAAACUUUAUGACAAUAUUUGGCUUGACCGCGAUGACUUCGGCAGACAAAACGCUUUCGAUGGGAAGAUCAAGUAUCACAUGGACAGUGGAGUUCUCCGCGUAGACUGGCGAUACUAUCCUUGUUCAAAAAGCAGUCGGGUUUCCAUACAAAACCCUAUGGACACGAUGGUUCCUCGGUUACAAACGCAUAUGUCACGUGUACAAUGUGGUUACGAACUCUCGGAUCAUUGUCCUGUUUGGGUAGCAUUUGUUGCAAGCAAGCGUAAACAAUGCUGUGAUUGA